AGGCAAUCAUGAAAUUAACGAUUAUUUUAUUCGGCUUAGUAGUAUUUACUGGUUCACUGGCAAAGGAUAUCAGAAUAGUAGGUGGUGAAAAUACAAUCAUCCAUAAUGUUCCACAUCAAGUAUCAAUAAGAAUUUACGACUUAAAUCAGCAUUUUUGCAGUGGUUCAAUUAUAACUCGGUAUCAUAUACUUUCAGCAGCCCAUUGUUUCAAUGACAUGAACAAUGAUUAUACGAACUUAAGAGUAUACAUUGGAACUAAUAGUCCUUAUGCAAAUUCUGGAGUCAGAUUCAAAAUCACUAAGGUUGAUAUUCACCCUGAAUUUACUGGACGUAUGACUCAAGAUGAAGCAUGGAUUCAUGACAUCGCUGUUGUUACUGUGGACAAACGUAUAAAAUUUCAACCAUACCAACAUAAAAUAGACCUUCCUACUGAUGAAAUAGUUAUUGGGAGUGAUGCAGUAAUUACUGGUUAUGGAAAAUUGAAUUUUUCAGCUGAAUGGUUCCCUGACCAAAUACAUAAAGCUGUACUGACAGUAAUUGACAUAGAAACCUGUAUGAAUCAACUUAACCGUCGAAUUCAUGAUACGCAAGCUUGCUUAUAUAAAGCAAAAGGAAUCGGUGGAUGCUAUGGCGAUAGUGGCGGUCCAGUAGUUGCCAAUGAAAAACUUAUUGGCAUUCAGUCGUGGGUUAUUCCAUGCGCCCAGGGUUACCCUGAUGUAUUCACAAAUGUUUAUUCCCAUUUAGAUUUCAUAAAUUCCAUUAUUGGAAGUACUUCGACACCCAGGUCCUAAAUUUAAACUUUAAGUUU